AUGCGCGUUUCAUCGGUUUUGGGCUUUACUGGCCUCUCAGUGGCUUAUGCAAUCUCGAGCCUUGCUGUCCUUGCCGCAGCGGCGCCUGUCAUUGCUGCGCCUGCAUCGGACAUCUCUGCAUCAACUUCCUCUACCUCUGCAACGAUUGAUGAUGUUAAGACUUACUCCCCGGGUGCUGAUACCACCUGGCUUGAUUCAACCCUGAUGGCCGCCGGUCGAAAGGCAGAUGCGGUUAAGACUACCUUCGUUGUCAACCCAAAGGCCGGUCCAUACAAGAGUGUCACUGCUGCUAUCGCUGCCCUGCCUAGUGAUGGUCAAGAAUACACGAUCUACAUCACGGCCGGUACAUACAAUGAACAGAUCUCCAUCACUCGUGCGGGAAAGACCAUCCUUCGCGGCGAGACAAAGUUUGAGAAUGAUUACACUGAAAACACCGUCACUAUUUCCUACUCCAAUGGUAAAUUGACCAGCGCAAGCAAGGAUGAAGAGACACCGGUUAUCACUGCGACAAACACCGACGGCAAGGGACUGGCCAUCUACAACAUCAAUUUCCGGAACACCUACCCUCAAACACCCAACACUGCUGCUCUUGCUGCCGACUUCUAUGGCACCGUGCAGGCCUAUGGUUGCUCCUUCUAUGGCUUCCAGGACACACUUCUUGCCAACAAGGGUACUCAAGUGUUUUCCAACUGUUACAUUGAGGGCAAUAUCGAUUUCAUUUGGGGCUACUCCACCGCCUAUUUCUACCAGUCGGUCAUUGCAUCGAACACUCCUGGGUCCUGCAUUGCUGCAAUGAGCCGUCCUUCUUCUGCCGCCCCUGGAGGUUACGUCUUCGACUCCUGUGUCGUCACCUACACCUCUAAAUACGGUGAAACUUUCGAGAACACUUGGCUCGGCAGACCCUACUCCUCUUACAGUCGUGUUAUCUACAUGAACUCAUACCUGGACAAGCACAUCAACUCUGAGGGCUGGCAUGAGUGGUCUGUCAAGUCUCCUCAAACUGAGCACGUGACCUUUGGAGAAUACAACAACUCCGGACCUGGAAGCUGGUCUGGUGGCCGCGCGUCGUUUGCUACCAGUCUCACUAAGGCCCAGGCAGAUGCCUACAGUUUGUCCAACUGGGUUGGAGGAACCUCUUGGCUCGACAUGGCAGCUUAUGAGUCCGUUCCGUCUUACAAAUUGCCUAGAAGCUUAUGA